UUUCACAUUUGUUCAGCGCUGCCAUGAGCGCUGCCCAACAGAAAGACAAUGUUUACACUUAGCAACCAAAAUAAAUACUUCUACGGCGACGCUUGUUUUCGCCUAACCGCUUUCCUUACCUUUGAGUGUUAACUAUAGCUAGUUUAUAAACUCGUAUCAAGAGUCAAACUGGUGUCAUGUUAAUGAACAUCCACAUACUCACGCGUUUGUCAAAAACAGUACAACUUCUUCAGUAUGAGCACUUCGGGCCCUCCCCUGAAAAAGAAAAGCUACAUGGGGCAGCACCAGAUCAAGAAGAAGAAAGGUUUCCAGGUUCCUGAUGAGCCACCAGACGGAGACAGACUGUUGCAGAAAACUCAUUACAUAUCAGGCAAAACAAACAUUAGCAAAGACAGCCUCUUGGAUGGAGGAGCAAUGUUUCCACUGGGAGAAUCCACAUUCGCUCUUGAUGAAGAGAUGCUGCAGGUGUUGGAUGCUGUAGACUCCGUGAAGCCUGUAGCUAGAAAUGCUUGCCCAACAACAGUAAACAGGGAUGCACACGCAGAGCCAGCAUCAUCAGCUGUUUUUGCCUUCUCACGAGCUGACAGAGCUCCUCAGUCCACAGGCCAAGGGCCCCACAGAGACCCCAGCACCCAGGAGAGAGUCCGUGGGCGUAGUGGUGACUGUAAGAGACCAGGAUGGAGAGCUGACUGCAAAGACCUUGCACAGAGGCUUCUCUUCAGUGAGGACUCUGAGGAAGUGGAGCAUGCUCAGAGGGGCCCAGAGAACAUCCAGCAGCCAUCACCACCUUCUGCCUGCAUCAAUGGGUUAUCCUGUCAAGAAAUAAAAAACGGUCAGCAAGUAGGCAGCUCCACCAAACAGACAAUUACAUCCAGAAGAAAAAGCUCUCCUCGUAGCAAAAACAAAAGUGGGUCAAAUAUGAAUGCUGAUCAACCUCUGGAUGUAUCCAGGGACUACAUCUUGUUCAGCCCAACCCGCCUCGCAGCUGCAAUAAAGAGGGCAAAACUCCAGCCGUCAUUACAGAAUCAGUCUGCCUCUGUGCUCACAGUUCCCACUGGCUCAGACCUUAGUACUCUCAGUGACACUUUACCUCAGCCAGGCAUUGCCUUGUGUGCCCCUGCGGGGCAAGCCGAAAAGCUGCUGUUAUGCAGUUGGGGCUUACCUAAACCUGUCCUGGAGCGCUACCAGAAACACGGAGUGACUCACAUGUUCGAAUGGCAGGCUCAGUGCCUCUCUGUUGGACAGGUGCUGCAGGGAGGUAACCUGGUGUACUCAGCCCCCACCAGUGCUGGAAAAACUCUGGUGUCAGAGCUGCUGAUGUUGAAGCGUGUGUUGGAGACUAAAAGAAAAGCUCUCUUCAUUCUGCCAUUUGUCUCUGUGGCUAAAGAGAAGAUGCACUACCUUCAGAGUGUAUUUGAAGAGGCAGGAGUUCGUGUGGAUGGAUAUAUGGGCAGCACCUCAGCUGCUGGAGGGUUUACAGCACUGGAUGUGGCUGUUUGCACCAUAGAAAAAGCCAAUUCUCUUGUUAACAGACUCAUUGAAGAGGACAACAUGGAUCUACUAGGUAUGGUGGUGGUGGAUGAGUUGCAUAUGGUUGGAGAUUCUGGAAGAGGAUACCUACUAGAACUACUCUUAACCAAAAUCCGCUACAUUGCGCAGAAACAGAACACCACUGGGUCUCUUUCUGAGGGUGUACAGAUCAUAGGCAUGAGCGCCACCUUGCCUAACCUCUCCCUCCUGGCUAGCUGGUUAGGUGCAGAGCUUUACCAGACAGACUACAGACCUGUACCCUUGCAGGAGCAUCUCAAGGUGGGCUGCAAUAUUUACGACAAGAGCCUCUCUGUGGUCCGGCAGUUCACUCCUGCACUCCAAAUUAAGGGGGAUGAUGACCACAUAGUGAGCUUGUGCUAUGAGACUGUGAGAGAAGGCCGCUCUGUGUUGAUGUUCUGUCCCUCGAAGAACUGGUGUGAGAAACUGGUGGACAGCAUCGCCAGAGAAUUCUACAACCUCAGACAUACAGAUCGUCAUGGCGAAGCAGAGCCACAGCCGGUGCGUCUGGAUCGGGAGGGGUUAGUGGAUGUUGUAGCCCAGUUGAGACAUACUCCAGCUGGUUUAGACCCUAUCCUCCAGCGAACUGUGCCAUGGGGGGUGGCCUUCCACCACGCCGGUUUGACAUUCGAUGAGCGCGAUAUACUGGAGGGAGCUUUUCGUCAGGGCAUGGUCAGAGUCCUGGUGGCCACCUCUACCCUCUCCUCAGGGGUUAAUCUCCCAGCUCGCAGGGUCAUCAUUAGAACCCCUACCUUCAAUGGACACUUGUUGGACCCACUCACGUACAAACAGAUGGCUGGACGAGCAGGGAGAAAAGGAGUGGACACUACAGGUGAGAGUGUGCUGGUGUGUAAGGAGGCAGAGCGUCAGAAAGGUAUUAGUCUCCUUACAGGAACUCUUCAGCCAAUAAGCAGCUGCCUGGUGAGAAGGGAGGGCGAAGGCGUCACCACCAGCAUGCUGCGAGCAAUCCUAGAGAUCAUUGUCGGAGGUGUGGCCAGCACUCCACAGGAUGUGAGGUCAUACGCUUUGUGCUCACUACUGGCUGCUACCAUGAAAUGUGAAGGCAAAAAAGAAUUAAAUGAAGAGACCAACAAAGGAGCUAUCGAGGCCUGUGUUGAAUGGCUGAUGGAGAACGAAUUUAUCAGUAUCCAGAAGGACGGACAAGAGGAGCGGUACUGUCCGACUCAACUUGGUGCUGCCACCCUGUCCUCCUCCCUCUCCCCGCCUGAGGCUGUGGGAAUAUUUGCAGAUCUCCAGCGGGCCAUGAAGGGCUUUGUACUGGAAAAUGACUUGCACAUUCUGUAUCUGAUCACCCCGUUAUACGCAGAGUGGACUACCAUAGAUUGGUAUCAGUUCUUCUGUCUGUGGGAACAGCUCUCGUCAUCGAUGAAGAGAGUAGCAGAGCUCGUGGGCGUCCAGGAAGGUUUUCUUGCACGAUCUGUCAGUGGCAAACUUGUCGCCAAGACAGAGAAGCAACGUAGACAAAUGGCUAUUCAUAAACGGUUUUUCACCACCCUUGUGCUGCAGGAUCUGGUGAAUGAGGUGCCUUUGGGAACAGUUGCAUCCAAAUACAACUGCAAUCGUGGGCAGUUACAGUCUCUCCAGCAGUCUGCUUCUACAUAUGCAGGAAUGGUAACCGUGUUCUGCAAACGUCUGGGCUGGCACAACAUGGAGCUGCUGUUGUCCCAGUACCAGACCAGGCUGAGCUUCGGAGUCCAGAGGGAGCUGGUCGACCUCGUCAGAGUUUCCCUCCUGAACGCAACACGAGCCAGAGCGCUGUACGCACAAGGCCUCUGUACUGUCGCUGAACUAGCCAGGGCUACUGUAGCUGAUGUGGAGAAAGCCAUGAGGAAUGCUGUCCCAUUUAAGAGCUCUAAGCGUGCAGUGGAUGAGAGUGAGGUGGAGGCAGCCGAGAGACGCAGCCUCCGCUGUGUCUGGGUCACUGGUGGUCGGGCCCUGACGGAACAGGAAGCCGCUGUUGAGAUAGUGUCUGAAGCAAGGCUCCUCCUUCGGGAAGACCUAGCCCAGUUAGGCAUUCAGUGGGACCCGACAACACUUCCUCCUGGGGCUCCUGCUGUAAACAGCCCCGAUGAAACCUCAUCUGCCUCAUAUCUCAGCUCACAUGAAGCACAGGUCGACAACAAUAAAAAUCACCAGGAAGGAGACAGGGUCAGGAAAAGUGACAGUAGAGAUAUUGACAGACAUGGAGGGGCGAAUAAGGAAGAAUAUACAUGCGGGAAAGGUAUAUCUGAAAUGAAAAUGGAGAAAGCACAAGGAGAAGUCAACCGAGAGCAAGGGAAGUCCAAGCCUGAAGACACGGUAGUAAACAGAAAAUUGGAGGAGCACAGAAAGUUAGACAGGACAGAACCAGAAAUCAAACAAACGGGUAAUGAAGUGCAAGUGGAAAGAAGCAAAGAAACAAAAAACGACGAGGCAAAUAAAAAAUUAUUAAUGGCAAAUGACACAGAAGAUCCAGAUGAAAAAAGAGAAAGACAAAAGCCCACAAGGUCAAAGCAAGGAGAGGAAGAUGGCAAGAAAGCCGAGCCAAAAGAAGGGGAGACGAGUAAAGGGAUUGCCUCAAUCAGACCGGAGAGUCAUCAAGCAAAUGGUCCUGUUCCUGAAAGGAGCCUGACACAGGAAUUGGCUGAAAUCAUAUCCAGCCCCCUGCUUCGACCAAUGGCUCGUCCUCAGCCCUCUCCUUCCCCGAUGCCUCCUCCCCGGUUCAGAGCUCCAGUAUCCCGAGUAGAAGUACACCACCGUGUUCCAACAAGGACAUCAAAAGGAGAUGGUGCCUCACCUGUGCAUCCAGGUAGACUGAAGCACUCGAAAGCCUUAAGCAAAGUCCUCCACUCUAUACAAACUGACAAAAGCCUACAAGAUAAUGUAGAGACUGCACAGACGUCACACUCAGAACCUUUGGUGGUUUCUACGGUCCAAAAUGUAGUGCCUGCAGGCCAGGUGCCUACAACUGUUCAAGCUCCCGGCACUGUGCUAGAAACCCCUACGAAUGCGGAUAUGUUAGACUCUCACCUGACCGUCUCUCCUGCUUCCGUUCCCUUAUUCUCUCCUGAGGCCAAGCGAAGAAAGAUGGACUGCGGAGAGGUAGAUACAUUUUCAUCUCCCGAGCUGUACGCUGGAGACGAGGGAGAUAAGGAAGCAGAGGGAGAUGUUAAAAACAGAGAAGAGACUUUCGGUGACAGCUUUGAAUUGGACACCCAGACCGAAAGAAUCAUUGUUCAACAGGCAUGCCAACACAGAGAUGGGAAUGGUAGAGGUACGAAUCAAUCGGUAGAAACGGAGAAGAUAAGAGAGGAGGAAAUGGUAGAAGCAGCUGUAGAGACCAUUAAGGACAUAAAUAAUGGAAGUAACUGGCUUAAAGCCACGGACAAUGCAUGUCCCAGAUUUAACAUUUCUCUCACAGAUAGCCAGAUGGAGCUCAUCCUUAACACCAGCCACCAGAUUUCUCCUGGUCCAGAUGGUGAUAAUGUUGUUGAAGAUAAAGAUGAAAGUGGUGAUGAGGAUGCCAAUCGGGCUGCCUCCGAGAGUGUUAACAGAAGCAGUAGCUUCCUGUUUGACAGCCUGUAUGACAGCUCUCUACUGGCUGGUCUGAGCCCACACCAGAUCCUCGACCAAUCGGACGAACAGGAGCCUGUUGGCCAAGAGAUCAGAGACCCUCUUCCGUCGACCCAGGAGCGAAGACGCAGUGAGCUUCUCGCCAAUCAGGAGGCCGAAAAGCAGGAGGCAGUCCAAUGGGGCGAGUCCUCCUUCAACCUGUCGGAGUGGGGCGACUCGCUGCUGGUGGGCGAACACUUUCUGGAGAGGCAGAGCUUGCUCAAACACACAGAGAGAACUCAAGAAGCAAGUCAACCCAACGCAGACCAUGUUGUGCCUGAGGAACAGCUGUCAGAACCACAACCUAAACCCAGUCAGAUACAGCCACAACCCACCACUUCAACUACUACCACAACUCAAAAUGAGCAUGACCGAGGUAAAGCCAGUAAUAAUCAAGGCCAUACACACAAAAUGAAACAGCAUAGUAAUGCGCAACAUGACAAUAAACCAGGCAGGAGACAGGAAACUACGAAUAAAGAGGGUGAAAAUGGGAAGCAAUUAGAGACAAAAGUAAGGAAAGAGGAAAUGAAUGCUUUAUUGUCAGAUAAUGGAGUUUUUAAACACCCACAGGUCCAAAAUGCACCUGAAAGCUCUUUUUAUUGCAGCCCUGGUUUGCAAGAGAUUUUUGACCGCUGGCCUAGCAUGUCUGACCAGCCCUGGCAAAACGCCACAACAGGCCACACAGCUCAUACACUCAUUAAUGCUGCAAAUACAGCAGAAGUUCCAGAUCUACCUCAGCCCUCAAUGCAGUUGGACAGAAAAGGCGGAAAGACAAAUGCGCAGGCUGUUGCUGCUGAGAGUGAUUCUCGAGAGGAACAAGCAUCAAGCCAUGACGGUGAGAAUUUAACGGAGAGACCAGGCUCUGCUGGUGAUCUUAUUCCCCCAACUCAGGAAACGCCACCUGUCACACCCAGAGUAAAACUGACGACCUCAUCUGUCCAGUCGCCUCUCAUCGCUCAGCCACUCAACCAGUCGACUCCUUCAACCCUGCCACGGAAACCAGCAAUCACAAAAUGUCCCAAAUCUCGUCCAGGAAACCGUAAUCAUCUAUUGGAAGCGGUUGCUGACACUAAACAGCCUAAUUCUACAUCAGAUCGCAGCCACCAACACCAGCUGGGACGGAAACCAAAGACUGUUGCACCCUUAAGUUCAAAAACAAAACCCCUGCUAUACACCGAUCAGAAUCUCAGCACUCCCCAAGACCGUGCUUCUCCAUCCUCCCCCCGGCCCAGGCUUCCCUCUGAUGCAGAACCACCUGUGACUGAUGAGGGCUUCACUCUUCAGCUGUCCCAGGAUGCACCGCUCUUUUCCAGCAACUCAGGGACCUUCUCCAUCAUAGACGUGGCAAGUGACCGGCGCCUCUUUGACACUUUCAUUAAUGAGUGGAAAACAAAGGAGCGGUACUCUGUGGCUUUAGCCUGUGAAAAGAAGGAGCACAGACGGCAGCCUGAGGAGGAAAUAGGAGGGAAACAUAAGAGAGCGUCAGCAGCUAAUCAGGAGCUCCACAGGGCCGAUGGUUUUCCAGUAAGAGACAGUGAUGGACUUGUGUUGAUUGGACUGUCUGUCUGCUGGGGAGCAAGAGAUGCAUACUACAUUUCUCUGCAGCAAGAGCAGAGCAAAGGUUUGAGCUCCAGUCUGGCCCCGCCUCCACUGGAUGAUGAUUUGCCAGUAAGUGAGAGGCUGCGACUGGUGAAGACCUGUCUGAGCAGGCCGCCGACUGGUCAUAGAGGAGGUGUGGUUGUCACGUAUGACAUCAUACAGGUGUACAAGAUGCUAGUCCAGAGCUGUAGCAUCAGCUUGGAGGGAAACUGCGAAGAUCCCAAGGUUGCGUGCUGGCUGGUGGACCCUGGCAGUGAGGAGCGGACUCUACCCAACAUGGUGACUGUCUACUGCCCCGAAGAGUUACCUCUGCUGGAUGGACUUGGGAACGCGCUUGCACACUGUCCUCGUGUUAGGGCAGCGACCAAGAGCGUGCUCAUACACUCUGUCAUGAACCAUCUCACUGGCCUGCUAGAGAAGGACGGCAUGCUUGACUUAUUCAGGAGUGUUGAGAUGCCCUCCCAGGUGUCUUUGGCUCUGCUGGAGUUAAAUGGAGUGGGCUUCAGCGUCAAAGAGUGUGAAAGACAAAAACACGUGAUGCAAGCCAAACUCACCGCGCUGGAGUCUCAGGCUUACAACCUGGCCGGACACAGCUUCUCUCUCACCAGCGUCGACGACAUCGCACAGGUGUUGUUUUUAGAGCUACACCUGCCUCCAAACGGUGACGUGGGUGGGUUGAAAAGUAAGAAGACCCUUGGCUACACCAGGAGAGGCGGCGGCAGAGUACGACUUGGAAAGCAGUUCAGCACCACCAAGGAUGUUCUGGAGAAGCUUCGCCCCCUCCACCCGUUGCCAGGUGUUAUUCUGGAGUGGAGGAGGAUCACUAAUGCCUUGACUAAAGUGGUGUUCCCCCUGCAGAGGGAGAAGCAAUACCACACCACACUGGCCAUGGACAGAAUAUACCCCAUCGCUCAGACGCACACAGCCACAGUAAAUCUAAAGCAUGCAGCGACCCGGCUCAUUCUGUCGUCAGGUAGAGUGAGCUUCACUGAGCCCAACAUACAGAAUGUCCCCAAAGACUUUGAGAUUUACAUGCCCACGGUGGUGGGGGAGAGCCCACCUUCACAAGACAGCUGCAGCACGACCACCAAAACAGGAAAAAAGAGACGUUCUGUAGUGCCUUCAGCUGCAGCUGGCCAUGCAGAACAAGGCCCAGCCUUCUCUGUCAGCAUGAGACAUGCCUUCGUACCUUUUUCAGGUGGGAUGAUAUUGGCAGCUGAUUAUUCUCAGCUGGAGUUGAGAGUGUUGGCUCACCUCUCCAAGGACCAACGCCUUCUGCAGGUGCUGAAUGGAGGCGCAGACGUGUUCCGCUGCAUCGCAGCUGAGUGGAAAAGCGUUGACCCAGAGUCUGUGAACGACAACCUCAGACAACAGGCAAAACAGAUUUGCUAUGGCAUUAUCUAUGGGAUGGGAGCUAAGUCUUUGGGGGAGCAAAUGGGCGUGGAGGAGAAUGACGCGGCCUGCUACAUAGAGAGUUUCAAGGCCAGAUACAAAGGCAUCAAUGGUUUUCUGAGAGAAACUGUGAAGAACUGUAUAAAGAACGGCUAUGUUCAGACUCUGAUGGGCCGUAGGCGAUACCUACCUGGGAUCACUAAUGCCAAUACGCACACCAAAGGCCAUGCAGAGCGUCAGGCAGUGAACACAACUGUACAGGGUUCAGCAGCAGACAUUGUUAAACUUGCCACUGUAAACAUCCAGAAACGGCUACGAAAAACAUAUCCUGCAGCUCCACUCUCUCACCAGCACACACACGCAGCCAGCAAUUACCGCAGGGUUGGGACGUCUCAACUCAGAGGGGCCUACUUCAUCCUGCAGCUGCAUGAUGAGCUCAUCUAUGAAACCACAGAGGAAGACCUCAUACAGGUUGCUCAGAUAGUCAAGAGGGAGAUGGAGUCGGCAGUGAAACUGUAUGUAAAGCUUAAGGCCAAAGUCAAGGUGGGACCCAGCUGGGGCAACUUGCAGGACCUAGAUAUAUAAUGUGAAUGUUUUGAGGUUUUAAAUUGACAUGAAAUACAUGCACUUAUUGCUUCAAGUUCUGUAAUACAUUAAUACUGCUGUACUGAAAUAAUUUUUUUAAUCACUACAUUAACAAUGAAAUGUAAGAUAAAUACAUGUCUAUGAUUACAUGAGCUCUAAAUGAACUAUUGAGUGUAUUUAUAAUUCUAUUUACCGGUGUAUAGUGUAAAAAAGUAUCAAUUUUUGUAAAAAGUAUGGAAUUUUUCCCAUUUUUCUUAUCCCAAUACAUGUCAUGAGAUUUUAUGCAAGAUAUUCUUUGUAAAGUAACGUAAUAAGCGUAAUAAGUUGACAUAAUUUUUGUCUCUACUUUGAAAUCCUGUGCCUGCAACAAUUAUUUUUAUUGACUAAUGUGCCGAUUGUUUUUUCGUGAAUUGUUUACUCUAUGAAAUGUCAAUUGUGAAAACAUUCCUGUAACAACUUCCUAGAGCCCAAGGUGAUGGGUGUCCCAAACCUAAAGAUAUGCAGGUUACAAUGAUUUAAUCACAAAAAAGCAGCUAAUCAUCACGAGACGCUGGAACUGGAGAAUUUCUGGCGGGGUUUUUUUCACAAUUUUUGCUUGAAAAAAAUUAAACGAUUAAUCUCUUUUUUUUUAUUGUUUUAAAUCAAAAUAGUUGAUUAUUUUUCCAUCUAACGAAUCAUUUCAGCUCUACUGUGAUGCAUUUAAAACAAAGACAGACCAGCUUUAGUCUUGAGGACAUCCUGAAAUCUCACAUUUUAUUGGACCAUUGGUUGAGUUGUCUGUCACAGGAACAUACAUCAUUAUCAUUGUCACUUUAACAUUUUGUUUUACACUUAUGACAUUCAACGCACAAGAAGUGUUGUCAAUAGGAUACGACAUUUUCUGUGCAAAGGGAAAUUCACCACCUUUAGUUAUGGGAAUAGAAAUAAAUGUGGUCGAAGAAGCAA